CCCUUAUUGAGUGGGUGAAGCGGCUGUCGGAUUUAUUGAAAAUGGGGAGGAGGAUUUUGAACGAUGCGUUGAGGACGAUUGUGAAUGCGGAGAGGCGAGGGAAAGCUUCCGUGGAGCUUAAACCAAUCUCCACCGUCAUGUCUUCCUUCCUCAGAAUCAUGAAGGAAAAAGGUUAUAUCAAGAACUUUCAAGUCUAUGAUCCACAUAGAGUUGGUAGGAUAACCGUUGAUCUACAAGGGAGGGUUAAUGACUGCAAAGCUCUUACCCAUAGGCAAGACGUUAGGGCAAAAGAGAUUGCGGAAUACACUGAACGCACACUUCCAACUCGUCAGUGGGGUUACGUUGUAGUCACAACUCCGGAUGGGAUUUUGGACCAUGAAGAAGCUAUUAAACGUAACGUUGGUGGUCAGGUUCUUGGUUUCUUUUAUUGAAGUGCCUAUUCUAGUACACAGCAAGAAGCUCUAGUGUGAAAGAAUUUUAACAAAUGUUCGAAAAUUUCGUUCAAGAACAUGUUAUGCCUCUGGUUCUUUGUUUUGGUAUCUUGAAUUGUCUCUGAACAAAGUGGCAAUUACAGUACACAUUUGCUUGUUGAAUCAAAGAUCUUAUAAAGCAUUUCGCAGAUUUUGUUGUUUGAUGAAGUUAAAUCC